AUGCCUUGCAGAGUCAUCUCCAACGAGCCCGUCAGCCCAACCGCCUUUGUCCUCACCAUCGUGACGCCCAUCACGUCUCUGAUCGAAACCCCAAACACCACCACCACCCGCGACGUGCUCGAGCGCGCCUGGGCCCACGGCCUAUGGAGCCUCGAGUUCAAACAGCCCCAGCUGCAGAUCGCACGGAACUACACGCCCUUGCCCCCCUUGCCAGACGAAGAGGACGCCAUGACCGAGGAGGAGAAGCGCAUGCUGAAGGUCGGCUUCUGCCGGCUGCGGUUCUACAUGCGCCGGUACGACGGGGGCGAGGUCUCGACGUACCUGUCCAGGCUGCAAGAGGGCGACGAGGUCGAGAUCCGCGGGCCGCAUCUGGGGUUUGACAUUGAUGCCCGGCUCGGCGGGGACGCGGGGGGAAAGUUGGUGUUUCUCGCGGGCGGGACGGGCAUCGCGCCGGCUCUGCAGGCUGCUACUACAGUUCUUCAGCGCCGGGGUGAUGUCGAUGUGGACAUCUUAUGGGCCAAUAGGUCAAGUGCUGACUGUGCUGGCCCCAUCAUGCGCCAGCUACAGGCCCUACAGGCUGCAUACGCACAGAAAGGCCGCACUUUAAGGGUCCAGUGUGUCGUUGAUGAGGAGGGCAGCAAGGUCAGACCACAAGACAUCACGCGGGCCAUUUCUGUUGGGGGACGACGGGCAACGGCAGCAGCAGCAGCGACAUCGUCAACUUGCUCCCUCCACUCGCAACAGCAACUGGAGCACAGCACGGAAGCAGACGACGCGAACCGUGGGCCGGAGCGGAGACGAUGCAACUGCCCCAGUGAGGAAGGAGGGCGAGGAGGAGCCGGCAAGAAUUUAUUCAUGAUCUCUGGACCAGAUGGGUUUGUGGGAGCCUACGUGGGCCCCAAGGUCUGGGCUGAGGGUGCUGAGCGGCAGGGUCGCGUAGGAGGGGUGGUGGCCAAUUUGAUGAGAAAAGACCCCAAGACUUGGGAGAAGUGGCUUGUGCUGAAGCAAUGA